AUCAGGCCCGGCAGCAGUUUGGACUCAUCUUCACACCAUCUUUUACAUCUUCAGUCUGCAUUUGACUUCAAGACGGUGAGUGAACUUUGACUUCCCCAGUAGCUUCAACUGGACCUUUAAACACCGAGGCAGCAAGUAUCAUGUGAGAUUUACCAUCAAACACCAAAAUGCAACAUGUGACUGUGAGGAUUCACCUACUCCUCCUUCUCUUCCUCCAUCCUCUGACCUCAGCUGACCUGGAGCAGGUGGAUAAAGUGCCUUUGGAGGUCAUUGUUGACAGCUCCCCCUGCAGCGCCACCUGUGGGCUGGGUGUGAAAACUCAAACCCUGUGUUUACUGAAAGACGGCAAGACGGCGAUGGAAGAAGAUGUGAGAAGUAAAGAUGGAGCAGAGGUCUCUGAGGAGUGUCGUGUCCAUAAGGUGAAGUGUUUGGAGUCGUGGCAGUGUGGACUCAGGACGAUGACUGUGACUUCAGGACAGAGAGUGGAGAUCGACUGUCUGGGAGAAGUCAUGGAGGCGAUGGGGAGGUUCUCCUGGAGGGUGUCGUGGCGUUACGCCCGAGGAAUAAUCAGCUCUGAUGACUCUCUGUUUGCUCGCUGGGAUGCUCCUCUGCUGGACCGAGUGGUUCUGGACCCCGUCAGGGAGGAGGACGCAGGUACUUAUAGCUGUGUCGUGCAGGAUGCCACCUUCCACAGGGUGAAGAAGGUUUACUGGGGGAUCCGGGUUUCGCCCGUUGGGGUUCUCAAUCUGGAUUACGAAAGCUCUCUGGCCCAGUGGGACUCCACUGGAAACCACCAGAACCAGACAGUAUCAGACCAGCAUGACCACAGGAUGGCUCUUCUUUACACAGUGCUGAUCAGUUUGAGCCUCGCAGCCAUCGGGGCUGGACUGAUGCUGCUGGGCCUCUACUGGACAGUGAAGAGGAGAGAGCUGAGGCAUUUUGACAGAUGUAGCUGUUUGCUCACUGCACAAAAGUGUUAUACUUUUUAGAGAUGAAAGGAAGACAGUACCACCAACAAACACGUCUGUUGUUUUCGGUUUCCAACUGAAAAAAAGCCACUUUGCCUUAGAAAGUAAUUUUUUCAAGCUGCUUUAAUCUAUAUUUUUUAUUCUAACAAUGUAUCAAAUGACAAUGUAAAAAACAAUGUGACAAUGCUAAGGGUAGUGAUGAACCUACAGAGAAUAUUCAGCUGAAUCUGCAG